AAAUAUAAGGACAUUAGGGAAGGGAAACAACCAACGAGAGAAGCUAAUCGAAGAAGAAAGAAGAGAGAAGAAGAGGGAGAAAUAAGGAAUGGCGAACUACAAGAAGCCACUGGGAGCGACGGGAGAGUUCUUCAGGAGGAGGGACGAGUGGAGAAAGCACCCGAUGCUUACUAAUCAAUUCCGCCACGCUACUCCCGGCCUCGGCAUCGCUCUCGUCGCCUUCGGUGUCUACCUUAUCGGUGAGCAGGUCUACGACAAGCUUUAUGCACCUUCUUCUUCCUCCCACACUCACCAUCAAACAUCUACUUCCUCCGCUUCCCACUGAGCGUGAACACUUUGAGCUGGAUGCGUCGGGGAAGGAUUUGAAGCUUGGGCUUGUCAUCUUCAGUGCCCUUUUUCUGGUUUGGUCUUUUAGUAAUAAGCUACUUAUUCACAAAGCAUUUGAAAAACUUGAAGUUUGUGAAUUUAAUAACAUAGAGAUUUAUUAUGUUGUUGCGAUUGUUAUCCUGUUUCUUCUUUUGACUGGUCAAGUUAUCUCAUCUGUAAAGAAUCAUUGCUGUUAAUUUCUUGGGUUCCAGAUCCUUUUAUUC